AUGGUCAUUAAUCCUUCUAGAACAUCCCCUUUGCUCACGGCCCCUCUCUCGCUGUUCCCGCUCGCUCCUUGCAGGGACCUCUCAUACACAGCUGUGUCUGGCGCCUUGCCCCACUCUCUCUCCACCCUCACCAACCUCGCUUAUCUUGUCUCCCUGUCCUCCCUUUUGUCUUUUAUGUGCAUGGCGUGGUGUUUUGGUGUGGUUGUGCAUGGGGUGGCACGGUGUGGCAUGGUGCAUCAUGGCACCAGUGACCUCACGGCCACUCAAGUAUCAGGACCCAUUCCCUCCACCUUCUCCCGCCUCACCAACCUCGAUCACCUGGACCUCGCAUACACAUCCUUAUCAGGCGAGCUGCCAUCCACAUUAAGUGCCCUCUCCAAGCUCUCCUACCUCAACAUUCACCUGCAGGGCGGCCUGGUAGGAGGCUUCAUCAGCACGCUCUCCUUCCCAUUCCCCUCUCAACCCCUCUUCUUCACCACGCUCACCUUCGUGUCGCACCCCACCCGCUUGCACACGCUGGAGCUGUUUGGGUUUGACGCCAUGGCGGACGGCCACAUGACUGCUCUCAGCGGCCUCUCCACCCUCACGCAGCUCCACAAGCUGGGACCUGGGCAGAGUGGUCGGGGAGCUGCCCUAUCAACUCGCCUUCCUCACUCAGCUCACUCACCUGUAAUCACCGCUCUAAACUCCCCCGCAUCUCUCAACGUGAACUCUACCUCCUUUUAUGCUGCUGUGCUGUUCGUGAUGCCCAAGGAUCUCGAACCUCUUUUCACCGCUUCUCGCCACCUUGGACUCUUCUGA